AUGGCCAACUCCUACACCACAAGGAACGGCCGCACGGCCAAAAGAGGGGCGUUCCUCAACGGUGUGUGGCAUUGCGACUGUGAGCCACGGAUGCCAGCAGACAAGUUUCAGGUGAAAAAUGGCGGCAAAAACCAUGGAAGAUGGUUCUACACCUGCCAAAAGCCACAACACAAACGGUGCAAAUUCUUCCUAUGGAACGAUGAUGCCAAAGUCCGCGAAGAAGCUGCAGUCCUGAGCAAUUCUCGAACAGAGCCAAAUCUACCCGCUCCUCUCACUCCUCAGAAGAAAGACCCUAAUGCUCUACCCCUAACACCGCAAACGAGGCAGGAUGUCAGGAACAGACGAGACACGAAAGAGCCUGCGAACAUAAAACAUGAUGAGAGCUUCGAUUGGUCUUCAAGUAAUGACGAAGAGCUCCUCAAGGCUGAGCAAGACAUAUUGGAGAAGUCGCCAUUCCAGACCCCGAAGAAAGCUCCUCGCACGGAGAGCCUGACAUCGCCAGGCAAAAGGAAGUUUGUUCAGGCGGCAGCGCAGUCCGCCACCGCUGACGAGACAUGGCCUCUCAGCGACGAUGUCUUCACUACUCCAAGCACAACCCACCCGUCCAAGAGCAGCGGUUUGCUGUCACCAUCCAGUACUCCAGCUAACAGAGCUACGCAGCACGUUCUGCCUGAAACAGAGCCAUCCACGCUUGCUUCUGAAGCGCUCGAUAUAUUGAGAGGCUCGCGCAUCGAUCCAGAGGUCGAGAAGGAACUAGUGGAUCUCCUCAAUAGGCAUGACCUGCGUACUCAAGGCAUCAUUAAGGGCCGGGACAUCACUCGUCUGGCUGUUCAGGCAAAGGAGAAGAAGAUUGCAGAGCUGCAAGCUCGAAUUGCAGCACUUGAAGCAGAAAAGGAGACAAAUAAGAGAGUCAUAUCACACCUGAAACAUGACAUGGCUGCCUCUCCAAAAAGGGGUAAAGGCAGGAGUGCACCUCGUGGAGAACAACCAGAAGCCUGA